UUCUGCUCUUUAUUCCAAGGGUCAUGGUGGAGUUUUCAGGUUUCCUUAAGGAAGACUUCAGUUUGUAGAUAAAUCCAGAGAGCUGAGACUGUGUGUGAAUCUCCUGCUCUCUGCAUGUUUCCCGUUGAAGCUGUGGAUUCACUUAAGCUUCAUGCAGAUUAUUUUCUCCAUCAGAAGGUGACGAUAGAACAACUCUGUAAUGGACGUGGACCUGAAUCUGGGUGGUGUGUUCUCUUCUGUGGAUCAGUGUGAGCACAGAAAGGAGGGAGUCCCUAACUCUGCAUCCACUCUGUGUGGGGAACAUGAGAGCCAGAUCAAACCUCAGAGGGUAAAGCAGCAGGUUGGACCAGACUCUGCCGGACCUGGAGCUGAUCCUGAACCGGGUUGGGUGUCUGAAUCCCUGAAUAGAGAACGAGUCAUGAACAUUUACACUCCCAUCUCUCAGAUGCCAUUCUCUGACAAAACACCAAAUAAAAAGCAGACAUUUGAUCCUUGUGUAACCACAUGUCUGACUGUGACAUCCAGUGGCUCCAUCAACCGUGAAAUUAAAUUUAAAGGCUCAACAGACGAGCAGCAGCAGAAUUUAAAGGUUCCCCAUCACCAGCCUGAUAGUGGGCACCAAACAGCUCUGCAGGACAUAUUUAUUCAACUUGAGGAGAACAUUAUGAGAUUUGUGAAGACCGAGCUGAAGAGGUUCCAGGAGGUCCUAAAUCCAGAUUACAGAGACGGUGGACUUGAUCAGAGUGAAGAUGAGGGCCUGGGUGGUACAGCUGAAGAGCAGAAGAGCAGCAGACAGUCAUUUCUAAAGAUCACACAACACUUCCUGAGGAGAAUGAAGCAGGAGGAGCUGGCCGACUGUCUACAGACCAGUAAGAUAAUUUAAAAUAAGAUAAGAAAUACACCAGGGUUACCCAUAAAAGUUUGUUCGGUGACCUCCAGCUCUGGUGGAGAGGAGGUUCAGUUUGCAACCUAUUAUAGAGCCAGCCUUCAUGGUCAGUUUAUUUAAUCUGCUGGUGUCACCAGCUUCCACUGGUGAUAGUGUGAUUUUCUUUGCUAAAGGAACUAGGCGUGUUGUUUUCACUGACACUGGAGUCUCACUAUGCUUUUGACAAGCAUAGUGAGACUUUUACUGGACUGGAGUCAAUCCAGCUGUAAAUGUGACAGCUGGGCAGCACAAGUCCUCAGGACCUUAAAACUGACAUCACAGUCCAGCAGGGGAUGUUUCUCAGUGUGACAAAGGGAUAAGCAGUUGUAAUGCUCUCCACUUGUCCCAGAUGUGUUUUGACUUUUUUUUUUUUGCAUAUUAUGCACCUUAUUCUGUCUCUCUAUUUAUUUGCUAUGAUUUGCUAUUUGUUAAAGUAACUUUGCUGCACUGACUA